AUGCCGCCAAAGUUCGAUCCCAAUGAGAUUAAGAUCGGUAUGUGAUUAUUCAAAUAUAUUAUUGAUAAUGAAUAUCAAAAGAUAUGAUUGAUUUUUUUUAAAUGAUGCAAAAAAGUUUAUUUAUAUUUUAUCGAGUUUCCAUUGCUACUUAACUCUUAUGAACAAAUUUCGGUGAAUGAGUAAAGUUUAUCACUUGUAAAAGAUCAAAAUUAAUUGCUAGUUUCUAUCUUCAAUUGAUAUUUUUGAGCAAAAUACGAUAUUUCGUAAUAUUUUUCUUAUUAUUUAUUUCAGUCUACCUCCGUUGCGUCGGAGGAGAAAUCGGAGCCACCUCGGCUCUCGCUCCAAAAGUCGGACCUCUUGGUCUUUCGCCCAAGAAGGUCGGAGAAGACAUCGCCAAGGCCACCGCUGACUGGAAAGGCCUGAAGGUCACAUGCAAGCUGACCAUCCAGAACCGUCAAGCCAAGAUCGACGUUGUCCCCUCCGCAGCUUCGCUCAUCGUUAAGGAGCUCAAGGAGCCUCCUCGUGAUCGCAAAAAAGUGAAGAACGGUACGCACCUUAUGCGGUGGGUCGGGAGUCAAUAUGCUCUCAUCCCCCAGUCUUUUGUUUCUAUAAUAAGAGACUGGUAACCUCUCUGGUGAUUUUCGUUUUUUGUGAGUUAUUUAUAUUUGGAUAUUGGUGUUGUCUGUAACCUUUUUGGCCAGAGGUUUUACUACAAACGUUUUGUUAUCCUCACUUCACCCACCUAACAUUUCACUGUCAAUUUUGAUUUUAGUGAAGCACAAUGGUGACCUCACGCUCGACACCAUCAUUAAGAUCGCCAGAAUCAUGAGACCGCGCUCAAUGGCCAAGAAGCUUGAAGGAACUGUCAAGGAGAUUCUCGGUAACUAUUUUGAGAAUGCGAUCGAAGAUUUAUUCUAUUUUUUACAGGAACUGCCCAAUCUGUUGGAUGCACUAUCGAUGGAAACCACCCGCACGACAUUAUUGAGCAAAUCGCCAGCGGUGAAAUCGAAAUCCCGGCCCAAUAA